CCUUUCGUGGAAGAGGUCCAGCUAGUGAUGGAUUGCUUGAUUUCUUUUAUAACCGAGAGAAAUCCCAUUGCCCUCGCCAGUGAACUUGAAUGUGGCAGAGCAUGGCGAGCAGCCGAGCUGAGACGAAAGAGUUUUGAAGAUCUGCAUAAACUUUGGUAUGUGCUAUUAAAAGAACGAAAUAUGCUCGCUACCAUGAGAGAAGAAGCGAGGCGAAUAAACAUGCCGACGCGUAAUCCCGAGUGGUACACAUCAUUUCAAGAGCGAGUUUAUAAGUGUCAGAAAGGUAUGGCACGUAUAAAAGGCGUUCUUAAUGAACGCCGAGUAUGCUAUAUCCAGGCUAAAAGACGUGACCCAGAAUACUUCGAGUAUAAACGUAUGACCUCUCAACGUGCCUCUGGGUCUGUAGAAUCAUAUAUUCCCGAGCCGCCGCCGAUAGAGCCAAUUAGGAUGCCAAAGAAAUUGACUAGGAAAAAGCGCAGAGAGGGUUUG